AUGUACAAAAUUACCAAGUAAACAACUCUUCAACUUCUUUUUUAGCACAAAAAUCAAAAAUAAAGAAAAUCUCCCAAAAUUCCAAAGUCAAUUAAAUUUUUUUUCUUAGAAUUAAUCAUAGAAUAAGUAAAAAGUGAACAUUUCCGUCAAAAAAUCAUCGAAAAAAAGCUCAAAGGUCACUCGACUUGGCAAAAAUGGAUCGAAUCUUGAAAGGAGUGAUGCGAUAUCGUGGCACAACGAGGGAACAAAUGGUUAAGGAAUUCAAGCAAGUCAAGGACAAUCCACAUCCAAAAGCCGUUUUUUUCACGUGCAUGGACUCCCGCAUGAUCCCGACCCGUUACACAGACACGCACGUGGGCGACAUGUUCGUGAUCCGAAACGCGGGGAACCUCAUUCCUCAUGCGCAUCACUUCCAGGACGAGUACUACAGUUGCGAACCGGCAGGUUUGGAGCUCGGAUGUGUCGUCAACUCGAUCCGGCAUGUGAUUGUGUGCGGGCACAGUGACUGCAAAGCCAUGAAUUUGCUCUACCAGCUCCGGGAUCCGAAGGAGGCAACGCAACAACAUCGCCGAAUGUCACCGUUGAGGGCUUGGCUGCUCGAACAUGCCACCACAAGUCUCGAAUUGUUCCGAAAUAUACAAAAUGUGGGCUUCGACAAACCCGUAACGUUCUCGUCGGAAAGCCCGUUGAGGAGAUUUGUCGCGUAUAUCGACCACGAGAACCGAUUUAGCAUCGAAGAUAAACUUUCGCAGGUCAAUACGUUGCAACAAUUAUCGAAUAUUGCGUCUUAUGGGUUUUUAAAGAGACGUCUGGAGACCCAUGACUUACAUUUGCAUGCCUUGUGGUUCGACAUUUACUCCGGAGACAUCUUUUACUUUAGCAGAGGCAGCAAGAAAUUCAUCGAAAUCAACGAAACCACAAUCGACAAGUUACUCGAGGAAGUUAAUCGGUGGUACUCGUAAGCUCUAACUGUCGAUUUUUUAGUAAUUGUGUGUUUAAUCAGCUUUUAACAAUCGAAGAAUCGUACAAAAAUCGCAUUUUACCUGUUAAAAAGUGGCGGAUUUGAUAUUUCCUGAAAAAAAAUCUUGAAAUUUUUGCUUGGUUUGGAUUAAUUUAUAACAUUUUGGAUCUAAAAAGGCCCAAAAGCCUUCGUUAAGUCCGCCACUGAACACGAAUUGACUGUUUUUACCGUUGUUACCUACUUAAAUGUGAAUAAUUGUUGACAAUAUCAGAGAAAUUUAUAAUAAAGUGUUUAUUUUUGUAUCAAAAAUUUGUGUUUUCUAAC